UCUGCUGCCUGCAUCCACGUCUCUCCCUUUCCAGCCCCUGCCCAACCCUCACCCCCCUGCUUCUCUCUUUCAUACAGCUGUGACCCUCCCUCUAUCCCUCCCUUCAGUUAAUCCACGCUGGUCUAAAAAGAGGCGAAUUACACUUCUCUUAAUACUGUCUCAGAUUUCUGGUAGGCAGAGCACGCACACCUGUGGGAUCCCGGACACCCUUCUCCUCCAACCGGUCUCCUCGCAAGGGGAAGCAGGCCCAGAUCAGUGUCCCUGAUGGCACCGACACCAAGUGUGCUGUGGUGUCUGCUGGGAGUUCUCAUCCCACAGCAAUGCCUGGCACAGUGGCUCCCCGCCAGUUGCCCCACCGUGCCCAGGCACAGGACGCUAGAUGGUGUCCAAUACCUGCCGGAGGUCAGGCCAGACCCCCGCAUCAGCUUCAUGGAUGGAUUCGUCCACAGCUUCCUUGGCACGGUCCAGCCAAACCGCUUCCCCACAGAACUGCUCCGGAUCGCGCUGAACGAUCACAGCAAGUUGCAGAAUCAGGAGACCAUCAGACAGGUUCUACGCUACGAGGCAGGCUUCCUCAUCUGCGUCGCCAUUGGCCUCCUCUACGUCUUCCUGAUGCCUCUGGCCGGCUUGUGCUUGGCCUGCUGCCGUUGCUAUGGUAACUGUGGAGGUCACAUGUAUCAAGAGCAGAGUCCGGACAUCAACAAAUGGAGGAGGGGCCUGUACAGGGCCACACUGUUCACUACUGUCAUCAUCCUGGCAGGAAACGUCUGCAUGUUCUACAGUAACCAUUCCAUGUCCGUUGCCAUGAGCCGUGCUCCGUCAGGCAUCAAGGGUGCCAUGAGCAACGUCCAGACCUACCUGUCUGCUCUCCUGCAGCAAAUUAACACCGUGGUGAAUGAGAGCCUCGCAACCCUGGACGAGAUGGGGGCCAACCUGACCGACCUUGGUCCGUCACUGGGAACAGAUAUCCAGCAGAGCUUCAGGGAGCAUCUGUCCGGCGCUCUGCUCUCUGUGCGCCAGAUGUCUCAAGCGGUGAACGUGACCAGCCACAGCCUGGCCCGACUCAGCGGCACACUGCAGGAGCUCCAGCCCAAAGUGCGCCACCUGCAGGCCAGCCUGCGCACUGUGGGGAGCAGCAUCAACUUGACUCUGCACAACGCCAACUUCACCAGCCUGCUGGGCGCCAUCAGUGUGGACGUCAGCUUCGCGACGCCGAACCUGACAAAGCUCCAGUCUGUCAUGGACCACUUGCUCAGCAUGAACAUGGAUGCCGGGUUUAACGCUGGAGAGGACUUCCUGCGAGGGAUUCCCCAGCGGGUGUCCAAUGUGACCAGAACCUCAGUUCAGAGUGUGAAGCGCCAGUUGGAGAACAUCAAAGAUCAGAUCUCCCAGAUGUCCAAGAGGUUCCCCACGCAGGUCUUGUCGGACGUGUCCAUGCUGCUACAGGCCACCACCCACUCCAUCGAGACCGCCACCCCUGUCGUGCAGACGGCAGAUAAAUACAGGUGGAUCACAUGCCUGGUUCUCUGCUGUGUGGUUCUGCUGGUGGUGGUGUGUAACGCACUCGGGCUGCUGCUGGGUCCGCUGGGACUGCGGCCUAAAGUGGACCCGACUGAACGCUCCAGUACGGCCAACUGUGCGGGGCUCUUCUUCAUGGCAGGUGCAGGCCUCAGCUUCCUGUUUGGCUGGAUCCUAAUGCUGGUGGUCACCAUCCCCUUCCUGAUAGGGGGGAAUGUGUACGCAUUGCUGUGUGUUCCCAUCCACAACCAGGAGCUGUUCCAGAUCAUUGAGACUCCAGGGCUGAUUCCAAGGGUCCCCCUAUCUCAGCUGCAAGACCUAAAAACCAACGUCUCCCUCAGUGACGUCUACAGCGACUGCCAUCAGAACAGCUCCCUGUGGAACGCCUUGCGCCUACAGGACGUGUUCGAUCUCGACGAUAUCUUCAACGUGACCGAGUACGCCGAGCAAAUCAAGAGGCAGUUUUUCGAAAGGAACAUCACCUUGAACAGUGUCAGCUUCCUGAAGCCGGAUCUGCGGAAGCAGCUGUUUGGCUUGUCCACUGUGUCAGAGGCUGUGGACCCGGGGGCCAUCUCCCAGCAGAUUGAUUUCCUUUCCAACAUAUCCCUGAACAAGAUUGCAGACAUGCUGGAUCAGUUACGUAACACUUCAGGCAGCACUGUGAGCAUGGAGCUGCUGGAAGAGGCCUCUAGGCUGAGAGAGAUCCAGUUCAGCAUCAGCGAGGACAUCAUGCCAGACGCGAGGGAUCUCAACUCCACCCUCCAUGGUCUCUUGGCCACCUGUGCACAAGUAAAUAGCACCAUGGAAACUGGUCUGGUUGAACUGGAAAAUGCUCAGAAAUUCCUGGACAUCAAUGCCUCAGUGAUAGUAAACGCUAACUGCCGCAGAUUCCUGGAUUGUCAGAUGCAAUAUUUUACAGCAUUUGCUGACUGGGCAAAAACAACAGUAGGUCACCCCUCUCUAACCUGGAUCUGUCAUGUUAAGGCCUUUCUCUGCUCCAGAACCGCCACCUGGCUUAUUUGGAUCGUAGGUAAUCCAGCUUGUACCAGGAGCACUUCAUGGUGCAGUCUGGAGGUGGAAUUGCUGUCCCUGGGUCGUUUUUGUCCUCAGGUCACCCAGGACGUGGGCUGCUGUGGGCCAGUGGCUGGGGCUCUGGACUCCUUGGAGGUGGUGGCUUGUUCCUACCUGGUGGAUUCUCUGAAUGCCUUCUGGUUUAGCCUGGGCUGGUGCCUGAUCUUCCUCAUUCCCAGCAUCAUCUUCUCUAUAAAGCUGGCCAAGUUCUACAGGAGGAUGAAAUACACCGACACAUUUGAGGAUGACAUCCAGCUGACACAAAUCCCCCAGGCCCCGUACAGCUGAUGGGCCCACCUGAUGCUGCAGGGGUCCAGUCAUGGUCUGGGACCACAGGCACCACCUGGUGAAUACUGCCUAAGACCAGGAGACUCACAAGCACUGACAUGUCGCCACAGCCCCCAGGCUCCCAGACCUCUGUACACGUUUCUUAAGGCUCCCUGCAAGGCCAGUAGACAGACCUCAUUAUGGGUUAAUUCUAGUGUUGAGGUUGGCCCAGUCCCCAAUUUUACCUUGUUUACUUGUGGAAUAUCUUGCUAGGGUUAGCAUUCUCUAUAAGAAGAUUUGUAUCAAACAGGAGUAGAAUAUUAGAAAAUGAUUAAAGCAUUUCUGUGGUUUUUCCAUGGUGUAUGCAAUAUUUUUUAUAAAUACCUGCAAUAAAAAUGCAACCACCCUUUUUCUUACCUUUAAUUAAAUACGAUUUGUUUUAGAGUGACCAUGUUUGCACAGCCAGCUAAAAUCACGGCCAUUGUUUUGUAUAGCAUUAAAAUGCUGCGCUAUUAAAGUGAGAUGUGAAAGGUG